AAGUUCUUUAUCAAACCCAUUAAUGUGGGGGGGAAUCAAUUAUUUGAGGUUCUAUUGCUAACUCAGGCUUUUCACAAUUUCUUGUCUAUAUUCCAGAAGGUGACAGAUGGAAAGGGGCGAAUAAAAGAGAAAUAUGUGGGAUGUCACCAAUGAGAGACAAAUAUAAAAACAGAAAACAGCAGAAAAGAAAAGCUGAAGCAACUGGCAACAGCAGGAAUACUUCCUUUGCUUCUCAGGACAGUGCCUGCCACGAAAUCACAACCCAAGAAAAAAUGCACAAACGAUUGGGGGGAAACACGUUCCCUAUGCAUAGGAAAACAUUCAAUUCUGAAUCCAACAUUAAAGCUCAUUUAAAAAUUCACACACUGAAGAAACCAUAUAAAUGCCUGGAAUGUGGAAAGAGCUUCAGUAAGAGAACACAUCUUACUUGUCAUCAAAGAACUCACACAGGGGAGAAACCAUAUCAUUGUUUAGCAUGCGGGAAGAGAUUUACUCAGAAGAUAAUUCUCACUCGUCAUCAAAGAACUCACUCAGAGGAGAAACCAUAUCAUUGUUUGGAGUGUGGAAAGAGCUUUGGUGAGAGGAAAUAUCUCACUGACCAUCAAAGAACUCACACAAGGGAAAAACCAUAUCAUUGUUUGGAAUGUGGAAAGAACUUCCGUCAAAAGAAACAUCUCACUUCUCAUCAAAGAACACACACAGGGGAGAAAUCAUAUCAUUGUUUGGAGUGUGGAAAGAGCUUCAGUCGUAAGGGAACCCUUACUUCUCAUCAAAGAACACACACAGGGGAGAAACCAUAUCAGUGUUUGGAGUGUGGAAGCAGCUUCAGUCAGAAGGGAACCCUCAUUUCUCAUCAAAGAACUCACACAGGUGAGAAACCGUAUCAAUGUUUUGAAUGUGGGAAGACCUUCAGUAAGACGACAAAUCUCACAUAUCAUGAAAGAACUCACACGGGAGAGAGGCCAUAUCCUUGUUUGGAGUGUGGGAGGAGCUUCAGGCGCAAGUACAAUGUCACUCAACAUCAAAGAACACACACGGGGGAGAAACCUUAUCAUUGUUUGGAGUGUGGGAAGAUCUUCAGUCACAAGGGAACUCUUACUUGUCAUCAAAGAAUUCACACAGGGGAGAGCCUAUAUCAAUGUUUGUACUGUGUAAAAUCCUUUAGCAAGAAGCAACAUCUUACCUAUCAUCAACGAAUUCAUACAGGAGAGAAACCCUAUCAUUGUUCGGAGUGUGGCAAGAGCUUCAGACAGCUUUCACAUAUAACUUCUCAUCAAAGAUUUCAUUCAGGAGAAAAACCAUAUAAAUGCUCAGUGUGUGAAAAGAGCUUCGGAGAUAAGGGAACACUUAUCUAUCAUCAAAGAACUCACACAGGGGAGAAACCAUAUCCUUGUCUGGAGUGUGAAAAGAGCUUCCGUCUCAAAUCCUUUCUUACUCAACAUCAAAGAACUCACACAAGGGAGACACUGUAA